AUGACGACGACUGCAGUCCCAGCCCAGGUGAAACAUGCCUUCUGCCCGGCCCCGCUGCAGCUAUACGUAUCAGCGCCCUCCACGCCAGACGCGGCCUCUAUCCACCUUCCCAAUGAGAUGACCCUCGCCCGCCAGAUCCUGCACAACCUCGAGCACCAGCACCACUGGUCCGCCCUGUGCAUUCACACGCACUCGCCCCUCACCCGCGACCCUCUGCCCCGGCCCCUCGUCUCCGGCCUGCCUCCCCAGCGCCUCUAUGUCCAACCGGACGAGCAGGUCGAGCUGCUGAAAAAGGCCGACCGCGACCGCAAGGCCCAAGCUGCUGCCGGCACUGCUGCCUUGGACGUCAAGCCUGACCCCGAGCGCGAAUGGAUCCUGCCCACCAGGCUGAAGGAGCAGUGGACGUUGCGCCGUCUGGCCGGCGUGUUUGAUGCCAUCAGCCUGCUUCCCCCGCCUGCACAGGAGCCAGCGACCGACAGCGACGCCCCGGCCAGCCCCUGGCGGACGACCAAGCGCGUUGUGCUGGCGACAGUCGACACCGACAGCACUGUAGUAUACUACAUAGUGCACGAUGGCGUAGUCAAGCCCCGACAGAACUGA